GUUUGUAUAACCAGUUCAUUUGUUUUGCGAGACUUCUUUAAUUUGUGUCGACCGAUCAACGUGCUGGAUUGUCUUUCGGUGUCGAAAAUUUAACAGAACAAACUCAGAAGCCAGAAAAACGAUGAUGGACCGACGUCUCCUUGAUGCUGCCACAUCUGGUGAUGCGGUGGCAAUGAAACACUUGGCCCUGCAUGACCCGGCCGUGCUGCUUGGAACGACCCCGCAGGGGAACACCUGCCUCCACAUCUCCUCCACCCAUGGCCACCAGGGGUUCUGCAUGGAUGCCCUGGCCCUGAACCGGUCUCUCCUCUCGGCUGUCAACGCAGACGGGGAGACGCCACUCCUCACCGCAGUGACAAGUGGCCACACCAGCUUAGCUUCUUUUCUUAUGAAGUGGUGCCGUGAUCUCCAGCUGAGCGAGGCAAUCUUGACGCAGGAUGAGCGCGGGUACAACGCGCUGCACCACGCCAUCAGAAGCGGCCACAGGGAGCUCGCGCUGGAGCUGAUAGCAGCAGAACCUGCCUUGUCGAAAGCGGUGAAUCGGAAAAAGGAGUCACCAAUGUUCAUGGCAGUGAUGAGAAAUUAUGCAGAUGUCUUGGAGAAACUGUUGGAGGUUCCUGAGUCUGCUCAUGGGGGAGCCUGCGGCUAUAACGCUCUGCAUGCUGCCGUGAGAAAUGCUAACUCAGCAGCGAUGGCUAGAAAGAUUGUGGAGAGACGGCCGUGGCUGGCCAGAGAAGAAGACAUGGAUUGUAGUACUCCGAUGCACCUGGCUGUGCUUUGGGACAUGAUUGACGCGCUAAGAGUGUUGUUGGAACAUGAUCGGUCUUUGGGGUAUGUAGUCUCCUCGGAUGACGGUAGCUCUCUCCUUACCUGUGCUGCAUACCGAGGCCAUGUUCGGGUUGCUCGAGAGCUUCUUAAACAUUGCCCAGAUGCUCCCUAUAGAAAAAGGAAUGGAUGGACAUGUCUGCACCAAGCUGUAUGGUAUGAAAAGAUGGAGUUCGUAGAAUUUGUCCUGGGACUGCCACAACUGCGUACUCUCGUCAACAUGCAAGAUUCAGACGGAGAAACUGCUCUACAUCUGGCAGUCGGGAAGUGCAAUCCGAAGAUGGUCACUGCUUUACUGCUUCACCAAGACAUAGACUUUACAGUUAUUAACAACUUAGCUGACCCAGCUACCUGGAAUUUAUCUAGUGCCGCCACUAAUGCCAAGACUUUAAACUGGAAUGAAGUGUCAAUGCUUAUGUUGAAAGCUGAUCCUCAAAGUGCACCUUCUAUUUAUAAUCUCCACAAGCAAGCCAAGGAUGAAGUGACAGACUUAUCCAAGAAAGAUAUCAAGUCACUAACUCAAACAUACACAGGAAACACCUCCCUAGUUGCAAUCCUCAUUGCAACAAUUACUUUUUCUGCUGCAUUCACUUUACCUGGAGGAUACAGCACUGAUACUGGAAACGAGGGGCUUCCCAUCAUGGCAAGGAAGUUUGCUUUUCAGGCAUUUUUGAUCUCUGACUCCUUGGCGAUGUGCUCCUCACUUGCCGUUGCUUUCAUAUGCAUCAUAGCGAAGUGGGAGGAUUUUGAGUUCUUGCUUUACUACAGAUCUUUUACAAAGAAGCUUAUGUGGUUUGCUUACAUGGCGACCACCACGGCGUUCGCAACUGGUUUAUACACAGUCCUGGCUCCUCGUCUACAAUGGUUGGCUGUUGCGGUUUGCGUUCUGACUGGUUUAUUGCCAAUUCUUACUAAGCUGCUAGGUGAAUGGCCCAUCUUGAAACUGAGGUUUCGGCUGGGUCGGGCAUUCAAGUCUGAGCUCCUUGAUAUGGUCUAAUCUCUCUGCCUUACGUUAUUGCUGCCAGCUACUUUCUUAU